GUGACCGGGUGUGGUUAAGGGAGGAUGAACAGUACCUUCCCAGCACCGUGUCCUCUUGCUCUGGAGGUGUCGUUGCCUUUGCCACAGACUACGGCCAGGUGUACACCUACAAGCAGAAUGCACUCACCAGGCAGAAGGUGCAGCCCAUGCACCACAGCAGCAUCAGAGGGGUGGAGGACAUGGCGACACUGGAGGACCUCCAUGACGGCGCCAUCAUGCAUAACCUCUUCCUGCGUUACCGGCAGAGACACAUCUAUACGUACAUCGGCUCCAUCCUGGCGGCGGUGAACCCUUACCAGCCGCUUCCCGGCCUGUACGAGCGGCCGGCUGUGGAGCUGUACAGCCGACACCACCUCGGUGAAAUCUCCCCGCACAUCUUCGCUGUUGCCAACGAGUGCUACCGCUCACUGUGGAAGAGGCUUCAGAACCAGUGUGUCCUGAUCAGUGGAGAAAGCGGAGCGGGAAAAACGGAAAGCACCAAGCUAAUCCUGAAGUUCCUGUCGGCGAUGAGCCAGCACUCCCUGGAGGUGUCGUCCAGAGACAGGACGUCACACGUGGAGGAGGCGCUGCUGGAGAGCAGUCCCAUCAUGGAGGCCUUUGGAAACGCCAAGACCGUCUACAACAACAACUCCAGCCGCUUCGGGAAGUUCGUCCAGCUGCAUUUCAGCCAGAAGGGCAACAUCCAGGGAGGCAGGAUCGUCGACUACCUCUUAGAGAAGAACCGCGUGGUCCGGCAGAACCCAGGGGAGAGAAACUACCACAUUUUCUACGCCCUGUUAGCGGGAACCAACAGCCAGCAGAGAGAAGCGUUCGGGUUGACCCACCCCGACAGCUACCACUACCUGAGGCAGUCCAGCUGCCUCACCGACAAGACAAUCAACGACGAAGGCGCUUUUCAGGAUGUUCUGAAUGCCAUGCGAACGAUGCAGUUCACGGAGGAGAACAUCGGGGAGAUCCUGCGCCUCCUGGCUGGGAUCCUCCACGCAGGGAACAUCGAGUUCAUGACGGCCGGAGGAGCGCAGGUCUCGUCCAAGUCAGCUCUCAGCCGCACGUCCGACCUCCUGGGGCUGAACUCAGACCAGCUGGCCGAGGUCUUGACCCACCGGUCCAUGAUCCUCAGGGGCGAGGAGAUCUCCACACCGCUCACUGUAGAACAGGCGGUGGACUCCAGAGACUCCAUGGCCAUGGCACUUUAUUCUCAGUGUUUCAACUGGAUCAUCCGCAAACUCAACAACCGCAUCAGGGGCAAGGAAGACUUCAAGUCCAUCAGCAUCCUGGACAUCUUUGGAUUUGAGAACUUCGAGGUCAACCGCUUCGAGCAGUUCAACAUCAACUAUGCAAACGAGAAGCUUCAGGAAUAUUUUAACAAGCACAUUUUCUCCCUGGAGCAACUGGAGUACAACAAGGAGGGCCUGGUUUGGGUUGACAUCAACUGGAUGGACAACGGAGAGUGUCUGGAUCUGAUCGAGAAGAAACUGGGUCUCCUGGCACUGAUGAAUGAGGAGAGUCACUUCCCCAAAGCCACAGAUGACACCUUACUGGAGAAACUCCACAGCCAGCACUCGAAAAACCCUUUCUACGUGAAACCACGAGUUGCUGUGCACUUCUUUGGAGUCAAGCACUAUGCAGGAGAGGUGGUGUACGACAUGAGGGGGAUGUUGGAGAAGAACAGAGACACUUUCAGAGACGACAUCCUCAACAUGCUGAGGGAGAGCAGGCUGGACUUUGUCUACGAUCUGUUUGAACACGUAUUGAGCCGAAACAAACAGGACACUCUGAAGAGCAGCUCCAGACGGCCCACAGUCAGCUCCCAGUUUAAAAAUUCUUUGCACUCCCUGAUGGCCACACUCAGCACUUCCAACCCGUACUUUAUUCGAUGCAUCAAACCAAACACACGCAAGAUGCCUGACCAGUUCGACCAGACGGUGGUUCUGAACCAGCUCAGAUACUCCGGUAUGUUGGAGACGGUCAAGAUUCGGCGCACCGGCUUCCCCGUCCGUAGACCGUUCCAGGACUUCUGCUCCAGGUACAAGGUGCUAAUGCGGGGUGUGUUGACGCCGGAUGAUCCCAGGGGGCGCUGCGUCCAGCUGCUGCACCACUACGACAGUAGCAGUGCAGAGUGGCAGCUGGGAAAGACAAAGGUCUUUCUUCGGGAGUCUCUGGAGCAUCGCCUGGAGAAGCAGAGGGAGGUGGAGGUGCUGAAAGCAGCCAUGGUCAUCCAGGCUCAUGUGAUGGGCUACAUUGCCAGGAAGCAGUACAGGAAGCUGCUGCAGUGCAUUGUGGUCAUUCAGAAGAACUACCGGGCUUUCUACUGGAGGAGGAAGUUCCUGCUCCUCCGCUGGGCGGCGCUCACCUUCCAGAAACGCCUGCGAGGCCAGCUGGCCCGCCGGGCCUACAGCCAGCUGCUGGAGGAGAGGAGGAGGAGAAGGGAGGAGGAGGAGGAGCGGCGCAGGAGGGUGGAGGAAGAGACGGAGAGAGAGAGGCGGAGGCUGGAGGCUGAGAGGCUUGCCAGAGAGGCAGAGGAGAGCAGAAGACUGGAGGAGCUGCACUGUGCCGAGGAGUUGGCCUCCCUGCUUUUGGCUGAGUCUCAGUCGGCGGUGGCGGUUGCAGCACCGCCAGACGUCCUGGAGGAGCUGGAGUCAGCAGAGGUUUUGGAGGAGGCGAUUCGUCCUCAUGAAGCAUCUCAGGUGGAGGAGAUCUUACGACUGGAGCGGGAGAUCCAGGCACUGCAGAGGCAGAAGGAGCGUCAGGAGCUCUCCUUGACCGAAGCCUCCCUCAACCGCCUGCAGCACCUCCGAGACCAGGAGCUCAGGCGGCUGGAGGACGAAGCCUGCAAGGCGGCGCAGCAGUUCCUGGACUCGCUGAACUUUGACGAGAUCGAUGAGUGCGUGAGGAACAUUGAGAGCUCCUUGGGAGUCGGCGAAGGGGAGGAAAAGGAGAAGGAGAGCGGACGGAGGAGAGGCAACGAUGAAGAGGAGGUUGACGAAGGUUUCGGGGCAGAUGAUGAGGCCUUCAAAGACUCUCCAAACCCUAGUGAACACGGCCACUCAGACGGCCAGCGGACCAGCGGGAUCCGAACAAGCGACGACUCGUCUGAAGAAGACCCGUACGCCAACGACGGUGUGAUCCCACCACUGCCGCCGACCACCCUGCUUCACCAGCCACUGCCUUUACCACCGGUGCCCCCGCCCUGCCACAGCGCCUCAUCCAGCGGGGACUCGGCCUACUGCCAUCCCCAGGCUUCAUCCGAGGCUCAGUCUGAUGACCUGGUGGAGCUCAUACCGCCAGACGAGGACUCAGACUACGACCAGGACGACUACGAUGAGGGUGCCAUCGUGUCCAGUGGCAGUGUGGCAUUCUCCAACCCCCGAAGCGGACAGUGGUCUCCUGACUACCGCGGCUCUGUAGGCACCUACAACAGCUCAGGGGCGUAUCGCUUCAGCUCAGAGGGGGCUCAGUCUUCAUUUGAGGACAGCGAGGACGACUUCGACAGGUUCGACACCGAUGACGAACUGUCGUACCGGCGGGACUCUGUCUACAGCUGUGUCACACUCCCGUACUUCCACAGCUUCCUCUUCAUCAAAGGCGGUCUGAUGAACACGUGGAAGCGGCGCUGGUGCGUUCUGAAGGACGAGACCUUCUUGUGGUUCCGUGCCAAGCAGGAGGCUCUGAAGCAGGGCUGGCUGCACAAGAAGGGAGGCGGCUCGUCCACGCUGUCCCGCCGAAACUGGAAACGCCGCUGGUUCGUGCUGCGGCAGAGCAAGCUCAUGUACUUCGAGAACGACAGCGAGGAGAAGAUGAAGGGGGUGCUUGACAUGCACACUGCCAAAGAAAUCAUCGAUAACACCGGUAAGGAGAAUGGAAUCGACAUUGUGAUGCCAGAGAGGACCUACCAUCUGAUCGCAGAGUCUGCUGAGGACGCCAGCCAGUGGUUCAGUGUGCUGAGUCAGGUCCACGGCUCCACAGAGCAGGAGAUCAGAGAGAUGCACGAUGAGCAGGCCAACCCCCAGAACGCCGUGGGAACGUUGGAUGUGGGGAUGAUCGAUUCGGUUUGUGCGUCAGAUAAUCCAGAGAGGCCGAACUCCUUCGUCAUGAUCACGGCGAACCGCGUGCUGCACUGCAACGCCGACACACCCGAGGAGAUGCACCACUGGAUCACUCUGCUGCAGCGCUCCAAGGGAGACACCCGCGUCGACGGCCAGGAGUUCAUCAUCCGAGGCUGGUUGCACAAAGAGAUGAAGAACAGCACCAAAGCCUCGCUGAAACUGAAGAAGCGCUGGUUCCUCCUUACCCACAAUUCCCUGGACUACUAUAAGAGCUCAGAGCGUAACGCCCUGAAGCUGGGAACGCUGGUGCUGAACAGCCUCUGCUCGGUGGUUCAGCCGGACGAGAAGGUCUUCAAAGAGACGGGCUACUGGAACGUGAUCGUGUACGGCCGCAAACACUCGUACCGCCUUUACUGCAAGCUGCUGAACGAGGCCACGCGUUGGGCCAACUCCAUCCAGAACGUCAUCGACACCAAAGCUCCCAUCGACACGCCGACCCAGCAGCUCAUCCAGGACAUCAAGGAGAACUGUCUCAACUCUGAGGUGGUGGAGCAGAUCUACAAGAGGAACCCCAUCCUUCGCUACAGCCACCACCCGCUGCACUCGCCUCUGCUGCCGCUGCCCUACGGAGACAUCCACGUCACCGCCCCGAGACACAGGAGCUACACGACGCUCCAGGACGAAGCCCUCAAGGUGUUCAGCUCUCUGCAGCACUUGGAGGGCGUGGCCGACCCGGUGCCCAUCAUCCAGGGCGUUCUGCAGACCGGCCAAGAGCUCAAACCGCUGCGGGACGAGCUCUACUGCCAGCUGAUCAAGCAGACGACACGACCGCCGCAGCCGGGAAGCCCUGGGAACCUCUGCAGCUGGAAGAUCCUGGCCUGCAUGUCCUGCACCUUCGUCCCGACCAGGAGCAUCCUCAGAUACCUCAAGUUCCACUUGAAGAGGACUCGAGAGCUCUUCCCCGGCUCAGAGAUGGAUCGUUACGCCGCCUUCGCCGUCGACUCCUUGAGAAAGACUCGAGCCAGGGAGAACGUCCCGUCGCAGGAGGAGAUCCGCUCCAUCGUGGCACGGCAGGACAUGAGCACCACCGUUCACUGCCACGGAGGAGGCUCCUGCAAGAUCACCAUCAACUCGCACACAACAGCCGGAGAGGUGGUGGAGAAGCUGAUCCGCGGCCUGGCCAUGGAGGACAGCAGGAACAUGUUUGCUCUGUUUGAACACAACGACACCACAGAGAAAGCCAUCGAGAGCCGCAUGGUGGUCGCCGACGUGCUCGCCAAGUUUGAAAAGUUUUCGGCGAGCCCAGACGAACACAACACGGGCUGGAAGUUUUACUUCAAGCUCUACUGCUUCCUGGACACAGACAACGUUCCCAAAGACAGCGUGGAGUUCGCCUUCAUGUUCGAACAGGCCCAUGAAGCUGUCAUUCGUGGUCAGUAUCCGGCCCCGGAGGAGACUCUUCAGUUCCUGGCGGCCCUGAGACUUCAGUACCUGCUGGGUGAUCACAGCUCUCAGGUCAGCGUCCCUGAAAUGUCCCAGGUGUUCCCUAUGGCACGAUUACGGGCCCGGGUGCAAAACUCGGCCAAGACGUUCGCUCCGGGCACCGGCUCGGUGGCCGACCGCUCAGGGACGGCGGAGAGGAAACGCUCGAGCUUCCUCGAGGGAACGCUGAGGCGGAGUUUCAGGAGUGGCUCGCUGAGUCGGCAGAAGCUGGAUGAGGAGAACAGCCUGGAGGCCUGGAUGAGGGAGGAGGCGUCCGCGGUGAGGACCAGCGUGAUGGACAAGUGGAAGAAACUGCAGGGGAUGAACCAGGAACAGGCCAUGGUCAAAUACAUGGCGCUGGUGAAGGAGUGGCAGGGAUACGGGUCCACGCUGUUCAAUGUGGAGUGUCGGGACGGAUCGUUCCCCUAUGAGCUGUGGUUGGGCGUGAGCCGGGAGGCCAUAUCAGUGUACAAACGAGGGGAGCCAUGGCCCCUGGAGGUUUUCCCAUAUGAACAGAUUCUCUCCUUCGGAGCCCCGCUGCCCAACGCCUACAAGAUCGCCGUGGAGGGCCGAGAGCUGGUCUUCGAAACCCAAAUGGUCAUGGACAUCGCAAAGCUGAUGAAGGCCUACAUCAGCAUGAUCGUCAAGAAGCGCUACAGCAACUGUCAGUCCGUCAGCAGCCACGGCAGCCAGUGUAGCGCCUGGUGAAGCGCCGCCCUUUAAUCCGUGACCUAUGGCCACAUGCCGCAGGAGGGCCGAGCGUGGCCGAGCGUGGCCGCAGCUGUCUGUGCAUGGACGCCCGUCCUCAGCGCUGUGGAAAGAGCAGCUCGUACAUUUGACUCUGUGAAUGCUGGAGACAAAAACCGCAAUGCUCUUGAUGUUAACUAGCUCCAAUGAUUUCUUUUUGACUGGUUUUGUUCCAAAACACUACACAUCCACACCGGACUUAAACUUUAAGGUUUCAACAAAGUUGGAAGUAUGGUGGCCUUUGUUGCCAGUAAGCAAAAUCCUGAAAACACUAAUUAUUAAUCAAUCAUCACAAAGCAGACAAGUCAACAUGCAGAACCUAAACUGGAAUCAAACAAACUACUAGAGUCAUGGGACUCCCUGCAAUUGAACAGAUUAAACCUACAAUGCCUGGUAGUUGUCAAUGGGGGAAAACAUUUAGAUAAAUUGUUCCCUUAAAGUGUCCCUUACCAUUGGAUUACUUAUUAAUAGUUCCCUCAAAAUAACAAUUAAUAUCCUCAAAUUAUUUAAUCGUGCUGUCACAUUGCUUGAUUUGCAACUGAUCUUACAGUGAAACAAUCCGUUGUACCUUAAAAACAUGUAAGAGAUGGUUUAAUGUAACACAGUGUUGUGUUUAACAGUGAAAUUCAGAAGUCAGUUGCACAAAACAUCUUAAGUUUUCUUCUAACUUUUAAUUUCUCCUUAGCUGAGGGAGUUACUUAAAAGGGUGUUGCACAGAAUCUCUUAAAAAGUUUCCUUAGUUGAGAAAAAAAGUUAAGCUGUAAAAUUCUUCUGUUUCCAUGGAGACUGUUGAUUUGCUUCCAUUAGCACUUGUGAUACCUGUCAUCACUUCUGGGAGGCGGGUAACAUUAAAGAAAGAGCACUUCUAUCUCACCCUCCUGUUUUGACGGGAACUUCACCACGGUGAACUUCCCUGGUCGCUAAGGUCUUUUGUGCAACAAUUUAACCGACUUUAAGUGAUUGCUGAAGUUUAAGACUAAAAUAAGGAGAAGACCUUAAAUUCUCAAGUGAAGAUUUUAGGGAAACCUUAAGGAGAAAACAAAAGGGUGUUUUGUGCAACUGUUUGUAUUUUAAGGAAACCGUAACUCAGACUUAAAGUAAAAUCUUAACAAGGUGUUUUGUGCAACCGGCCUCAGAAGCACAUCCACUUAUCUAAGUCCAAGAUUAAAAGAGCACUGGCGACAAGAACAAAUAAAACAAAGGUUGUUCAUCAACUGAUUCAAGGGCACAAACAUAUUCUACAAAAAUAAAGUAAGUAAUUAAAGGGUAUAAAUUAUCCCUGAGGGAACAAAGCAUAUUGACAAAAACGAUUCAUCCAAACUUUUCCUCCUGGCACCCAAAUACAACAAAUUCUUUUACAAAAACUUUUCCACUAUUUCUCAAACCAAAGAAAAUCAGCUGAAGGCUCAACACAACCUUUGUUUCCUCAUUUAGGAGUUUACUCCUAAAACGUGGUUGUGUUUUGUUUUGGAAUAACUUCAUUUCUUCCUGAUGCUAACGUGCUACGGCACUACAAGGAUGUUGUCGCAGGAUCGGGGGUGUUUGUUGCUGAGGUUUUUGUUUGUGUGUGUGUGAGUGUGAGAGAGAGCGAGAGAGACAGACAGUGUUUUCAGAGAGGUGUGUCUACAGGCUGUCUGAAUGUGAGAAAAAAAAAAAAAAGCAGAGAAGUUGGUGAAAAGAAACUAAAGCCUUCAUGCCUUUUCCUCUCUGCUUUGACAAACUCUGGGACUGGAUCGUCUUCUCUCACGUUAUCCAGGAUGAUCUGUUCACUGUAAAUAAUAUGCAGCUGUGCUCGUCUCAAACAUUUCAAGUUUGCGAUUGAUUGUCUUGAUUCGUUCGCUGAUUAAUACGAAGGUCACGCAAGUGCCUGUUUCACUGCAGCAGGACGACCUCCAAUGAGAUUCUCUCUCGUCGAUGCCACUCUUGUUCCUGCGUAACCAGAAUCUGAAAGGUGCUCCCACGUUCCCUUCAACUACCCAUGUUUUUUGUAGCCUGCAAAAUCCGUCCACCUGCGCAAAUCAUUCAAGCUAGAGUGUGAAAGAUACUGAAGGUAUACAGCACAUUUCAGCAUCACCUAAAACACACAUUUUGCAGAGAAGAAGAACCUACAUCAUCAUGUACUUCCUAAACAAAAUUGAAUUUAGCAUAAGAGAGGCGGCUCUGAGCCUCUCUUCUGAUUGGCUGACUGUUUUCUGAGUGAUCCAAUAAAAAUAUAGCAGAUUUCAGUUUA